UUCGCUACCACACUCCUUCUCUCUCUCUUUCCCUCUUUCAUUUUAGGGUUUCUGUCGUCUUCUUCUCUCUCUCAUCUGCAUCUGAGUCGCAGACCAACCAUGGGGUCCAUCCCCGAUCCCGGUGAUAUUUCCGGCGAGUUGAAUCCGCCCAGCUUCGACGACUUCCAGAGGCAGACGUCUCUCAUGACUAGUUGUACUCUUCUCUGGAAAGAACUCUCCGAUCACUUCACUUCCUUGGAGCAAAAUCUCCAAAAGAAAUCUGAAGCUCUCAAGAACAAGUUCCAAACCCUGGAUCACCACACCAAGGAGUCCCUCGGCGUGCUCAAGAAGCGUGAGGUCACGAUCGACGGCUCCGUGGAGAUCGCACUUGGAAAAGUCGAGGAGAGCAGGGAAGCGGCAUUGAUCGCUCUCCUAAAAGGUGCGCAGGAUGGGGAGGUCGAUGACAGCGAGGGUUUGUUGUUGAAAUUGAAGUCGUUUUGCUUGAAAAUGGACUCCAAGGAGUUUUGGAGGUUCAUAACCGCGAGGAAGAAGGAAUUGGAUGUGCUUAGGGCCCAGACACCGGAGGCUUUAGCCGAAUGUGUGGAUCCGGCGAAGUUCGUGUUGGAGGCAAUUUCGGAGGUCUUUCCAGUGGAUAAGAGAGUCGAAAAGAGCGAGAGGUCGAAUGAUUUGGGGUGGGCUUGUGUUUUGGUGCUGGAGUCUCUGAUACCGGUAGUUGUGGAUCCGGUGCUGGGGAAGUCGCGGCUUUUGGUGACUCCAAGCGUGAAAGAACGAGCGAAGGAUAUCGCUGAGACAUGGAAGGCGAGUUUGGACCAGCGCGGAGGGAUUGAGAACGUUAAAACGCCGGACGUGCAUACAUUUCUGCAGCAUUUGGUGACCUUUGGGAUUGUGAAGGAGGAAGAUGUUGAUUUGUACCGGAAGCUUGUUGUUGGGUCUGCGUGGCGGAAGCAGAUGCCUAAGCUUGCUGUUUCGCUUGGGCUUGGUGAUAAAAUGGCCGAUAUGAUUGAAGAAUUAGUCAAUAGGGGACAACAAGUUGAUGCUGUGCACUUUACAUACGAAGUUGGGCUUGUGGACAAGUUUCCCCCUGUACCCUUGCUGAAGGCCUUUCUGAGAGAUUCAAAGAAGGCUGCAACUUCAAUUUUGGAGGAUCCCAACAAUAGUGGCCGAGCUGUGAACCUAGCUGGACGCAAAGAACAGUCAGCACUCCGGGCUGUCAUCAAGUGCAUUGAAGAAUACAAACUGGAAGCUGAGUUCCCUCCAGAAAACCUUAAGAAGCGCCUUGAACAGCUAGAGAAAGCAAAAACUGACAAGAAAAGGCCAGCUGCAGUCCCUGCCAACAAACGAACACGAGCAAGCAAUGGUGGGCCCAUGCCUCCAGCCAAGGCUGGCCGCUUGACAAAUGCAUACGUAUCAUCUUUCCCAGCUGCUCCUACAUUCAUCCGGUCUCCCUCUCACACUCAGUACCCUGCUGCAGUCCCUGCAUACCCAUAUGACAGGCCAGCUGCACCUGCCAUGUAUGGCAGCAGGAGUCCACCAGCCAACCCUUAUGCUUACUCGCCGGAAGCUGCCCCUCCUCUUGCUGGAUCAUAUCCUGGAGCUCCCAUCAACUAUCCUGCAUAUGGAGGCUAUGGCAAUGGUAUGGCACCAGCUUAUCAGCAGGCUUACUACUGAUAAUAGACAUGACUACUCUGAAGAUGGUAACACUGAUAUGAUGAUGACCCCAAUCUCAUUUGCUUUUCUCAAUGGUUUGUUUGUAAUCACUAACCGCUUAAUGGUAGCGAUAUCUGUGUGUUAAUCAUGACAUUUCCUUGCUUCUUGCUUCACUGAGGUGAGAAGUUGUAUUUCUAAUGUUGAUUGAAGUUGUAGUAUUAGGGUGAUUGUGGAAAGUAAUUAGGGAGGUAGCUUAACAAAGUCGAGGACUCAAGGUACCACCAACUUUAGUAGGACUUGUUGUAGAAAGACUGCUUUUACUUCUCAUUCAAGACGUCUCCUUGUUCCUUGGGUUUGGGUCAAAUUGAGUCAAAUGCCAUCUCUGUUUUAACUUUUGGGGUAGGUUGAACUGCAGUUGUGGAAUUGAUAAAGGAACUUUUCAACAAUAACUAGAUGGUAUUUGAUUCAGUUUGAAGGUCUCAGGGCCCAUCUUUCUACCUUAUUUUAAUUUGAGGUUAAAUUGAUCAGAUGAACCCAUACGGCGUCUAAAUCUGCUUAUUCAUGAGCAGAUAGCUAGGCAUUGCUUUACGUGGUGUUCUAUUGUUGUAUUUGGUGACCUGACACCCUUUUGCUAACAUUAUUUAUAUGUUAGGACAGCAAUGAGGAACUUUGGCCUUGCUUCA